CCCUCACAGAAACACAGAGAGAUCAAUUAUUUUAAAUUGUUAUAAUAGUUAGUUGUUAAUCAGGAGAUUUGGAUUAAUGGAGUGGUCGUGGCCGGAGGGUCUGCUCUCAAAUAGGGGGAGGGUGAUGGAGGAGUUGAUCCAAGGGCGUGAGCUGGCAAGUCAACUUAGUAGGGCUUUUGAUAAUAGGUCACUUGUCGUUAAUGGUCAUGAUGGGAGAUCGGCUCUAGGUAUUGUUAAUAAGAUUUUGGGGUCAUUUGCGAAUACCCUUUUGAUUUUAAAUGGGAAGGAGACUGAUCAAGAGUUUGUUUCCGAUCAGAUUCAAGGAAAUAGUAGAGGUGUUGGUGAUGGUGGUGGUGGUGUUAGUGACGGUGGUAGUAGUGGUGGUGGUGGUGCAUAUUCGUCAUCUUGGGGUGCUAAUCAUGGUCAUGCAGCUGCUAUUAAGCCUGAAGACUAUACUGAGGAAGAGAACAGUUGUAGAAGCACUUCAACCACCAAGGAUCGAAGAGGUUCUUACAAGAGAAGGAAGACUUCACACUCUUGGACUAGAGACACUCCUGCUUUGAUUGAUGACGGCCAUGCAUGGAGAAAGUAUGGACAAAAAAAUAUCCACAAUGCCAAGCAUCCAAGGAACUACUUUAGAUGCACUCACAAACACGAUCAAGCGUGCAAAGCAACCAAGCGCGUUCAACAAGUUCAACAUCAUCCACCAGUGUUCCGAACCACAUAUUAUGGCACCCACACGUGCAGAGACUGCCUCAAAACUUCUGAACAGGUCUUGGAUUGCACAAGUCCUAGAGAGUCUUCAAAGUUCAUUAGUUUUGAAAACGCCAACUGGUUGACAAACAAACAAGAGCACCCAUUUUUUGCAUCCUUCGCUUCAUCAUCAGUUAAAGAAGAUAUUGCAACAAAUGAUCACAUAGUGACAAGCGACCACACCCAUUCAGUGCGGCAUGAUCAUCCUGUGUCGCAUGAUCUGACGGCGUUCGAGUCCUCUGGGCCCAUGAGUGGGUUUUCAUCAAGCAUCGAUCAGUACGAAGAUGGCGACGUGUUUUGGAAGACUGUCGAGUCUUUACUUUGAUGAAUGAAGUUUUGAAAUACGGAUAUUUGAAUUUUGAGUUUUGAUGAGUAAUAAAUACAUACUUAGUAGCUGCUAGCGUACGAUCCUUGUGGUAAAUUGAACUUUAGGAAAAUCGUAUGAAAUAUUUGGAACCAAUCAGUGUGAUGAUGACGAUGUGUUUUCGAGGA